CAUUCCGAGCGCGGAUCGGGCAGCUGCAAAGAGCAGGAGUCGGAGGAGGAAGUGAGGCAGCGCGGAGAGAAGAGAAGCGAGAGCCAUUUCCUCCCCGCGGCGCGUGCGUUUUUGCGCUUCGUCUCCAAAAGGCAAAGCCGGCUCUUGCUCUCUUCUUUCCUCGAGUAUGAAAGCAUUCAGUCCGGUGCGGUCCGUGCGGAAAAACAGCCUCUCGGAGCACAGCUUGGGGAUAUCCCGGAGCAAAACCCCGGUGGACGACCCGAUGAGUUUGCUGUACAACAUGAACGACUGCUACUCCAAGCUCAAAGAGCUGGUGCCCAGCAUCCCGCAGAACAAGAAAGUGAGCAAGAUGGAAAUCCUGCAGCACGUUAUCGAUUAUAUCCUGGACCUGCAGAUCGCUCUGGACACGCAUCCCAGCAUCGUCAGCCUCCAUCACCAGAGACCGGGACAAAACCCUUCCUCCAGGACCCCGCUGACCACCUUAAACACAGACAUCAGCAUCCUGUCAUUACAGGCAGCUGAAUUCCCCUCAGAGUUAAUGUCAAAUGACAGCAAAGCACUUUGUGGCUAAAGGAAAUGGUGUUUGCUGACUUUUUUUUUUUUUUUUGCACAAGAAGACAGCCUCUUUUUUCCCUUCUUUUUUUGGGCGAGCUGCUGAAUCUGAUUUUCAGCUGUAUGUGGAAGGGGAGAAUCCAUAUCCAGUUAAAUGGACAUUUUAAGCAAAAUUGUGGACACACAUCUCCCCUCUUCUGCAACAUGGACUAAUCUUAAUUAUUUAUGAAGAGACUUUUAAAAAUGCCCUUUCUCUAGUUGGAAGGCUUCAUUUAUAUAAUAUCCCCACAACGGGGAGCAAAAUGAAAUGUAAAAAACGAAACAAAAACUCAUAAGGAAUUGCCUGUUUUAAAUGCAGACUUUGCCUUUUUUCCUCCAAAGGCGGAGCGUGAGUACUAGAAGGAUUUAGUGUUCAGUUUUUCGGUGAAGUCUUUGUCAAAAAUUAUCCUCUUUUGACACAAACGUAGGACUGAAUGCUAUGUAUAUAUUUAUAUAUAAAUAUGGGAAUGAAACUAUGAACUCUUUAAUUAGAGUUUUCUUGUAUAGUAGCAGAAAUGUGCAUUUCUGCAAAAAGUGUAAUGAUGUACGUAAUCAUGCUAAACUUUUUAUAAAAGUUUAGUUGUAAACUUAACCUUUUUAUACAAAAUCAAAAUAAAUAAUGUGUGUUUAUUGAA